AUGUCGGAUCAAGAAGCAGAAGAAUUUUUUUUCUCCCCUGCUGAAGAACACAAUCUAUGUCGUCAUUAUGAAUAUAUCAUGAAAGAAUUCUGUAACUGCUUUCAACCACCAAUGCCAAAAUAUGUUUUGGGAACAGCCAUGACAUACUUUAAACGUUUCUAUCUUCAUAAUUCUGUCAUGAAUUAUCAUCCACGUGACAUUACAUUAACCAGUGUUUAUCUUUCAACGAAAGUUGAAGAAUUCAAUGUCUCCAUUAACCAGUUUGUUGGCAAUCUAAAAGGUGACAGGGAAAAAUUUGCUGAUAUUGUUCUUGGCUUUGAAUUAUUAUUGAUGGAAAAAUUAUCCUACCAUCUUACGGUCCAUAACCCACUCAGGCCACUGGAAGGUUUCUUAAUAGAUAUGAAGACACGGUGUACAACGUGCAAUGAUGCUGAAAUUCUUCGACCAGCUGCCGAAGAAUUCAUUGAGAAAUCUAUGUUAACUGAUGUCUGUCUUCUUGUUUCCCCUUCACAGAUUGCACUUGCGGCUAUUCUGAACAGCUGUUCAUUAAAUAACAUAAGCAUUACAAGUUAUGUCAAUGGCCAAUUGAUGGAAGGUGCUACUCCAGAUCUGAAGAAACGAACAAUGCAGCAAGUGAAAUUGGCCCAGGUGAUGGUAAACAAACAAGAAGGACUCAAGCGGGAACAUAUUCGACAGUUGGAGAAGAAACUUGAGAAAUGCCGGAAUCAAGAGAAUAAUCCAGACAGUGAAAUGUAUAAAAAGAAAAUGCAAGAAAUGUUUGAAGAUGAGGAGAAGAAAUAA